CGGCUCCCGCGCCGGUGCGGUCAGGCGGCGGCGGGAGCCCGGCGCGGGUGGCGGCCCCGGGAGCGGCUCCGGGAGCGGCCGCGGCGCCCCGCGGCGGGGAUGGAGCGCGGCGCGGCGGCGCUGAUCCGCGAGGGCUGGUUCCGCGAGACGUGCCGGCUCUGGCCCGGCCAGGCCAUGUCGCUGCAGGUGGAGGAGCUGCUGCACCACCAGCGCUCCCGCUACCAGGAGAUCCUCGUCUUCCGCAGCACCACGUACGGCAACGUCCUGGUCCUGGACGGGGUGAUCCAGUGCACGGAGCGGGACGAGUUCUCCUACCAGGAAAUGAUCGCUAACCUGCCCCUCUGCAGCCACCCCGACCCCCGCAAGGUGCUGAUCAUCGGCGGCGGCGACGGGGGAGUGCUGCGGGAGGUGGUCAAACACCCCACCGUGGAGUCCGUGGUGCAGUGCGAGAUCGAUGAGGAUGUGAUCCAAGUAUCUAAAAAAUACCUCCCAGGGAUGGCAGUGGGGUAUUCCAGUGCUAAGCUGACCUUGCAUGUGGGAGAUGGUUUUGAGUUCAUGAAACAAAAUCAAGAAGCCUUUGAUGUGAUUAUCACAGACUCGUCUGACCCCAUGGGUCCUGCAGAAAGUUUGUUCAAAGAAUCUUAUUACCAGCUGAUGAAGACAGCCCUGCGAGAGGAUGGGAUCCUGUGCUGCCAAGGUGAGUGCCAGUGGCUGCACCUGGAUCUCAUCAAGGAGAUGCGUCAGUUCUGCAAGUCGCUGUUCCCGGUGGUGGAGUACGCCUACUGCACCAUCCCCACGUACCCCAGCGGGCAGAUCGGCUUCAUGCUCUGCAGCAAGAACCCCAACACGAAUUUCCGGGAGCCUGUGCAGCAGCUGUCGCAGCAGCAGGUGGAGGAGAGGAGUCUGAAAUAUUACAACUCCGAUAUCCACCGGGCAGCGUUCAUCCUGCCAGAGUUUGCACGGAAGGCCCUGAGCGAUGUGUGAGACCCGAGGCGCUGCUCCUUCCUUCAAGCUGGACUCUGAGAUCGUCAGUGAUGUGGCUGGGAUCUUCUCAGCAGACUGCAGAUUUGCUCUCCACUGUGUGGGAUUGUUUAACCCUUGGCCAGCCAACAUUCCCUCUGAUGUGUUAAAGAUGAUGUGGCAUAAGCCAGAUAAGACUAUUGCAAAGGUCCAGUGACUUAUUGCGUGAGGUCAAAACUGUUUUUUCCAGUGCUGGAAAUGUAAGAUGUCUUUUUCUUUUCUCCCUGCACCCAUUCUAAAUUCUCCCAUCCCAACCACACCCCCACAACUAACGUGAUGUAUUUAUAACUGACACAUAUUUCUGUCUGGUGGUCUGGGAAGAGUUCAAAAGGUCCCUGACUCAGCCUUAAGCACAGAGAGAGAGAAAGAGAGAGCUCUGUGCACAGGCAGCUCACUCUCUCCUCAUGGGAGGUCCCUGCUGCUGGCACGUUGUGAGUGGUGACAGGUCUGAGCCUUGGCAUCCACUGCCCUGCUGUGACCCCUGCACUGCUCUGCAGCACAGCUGGAGGAGUCACAGUGCAAACUGUUGCCAUUCACAAUUGGUCUCCCUCCAACCCUGAUGGAGUAGCAGUAUUAAACACCAGCCAGGCAGGCUGGCAGCAGUCUUGUGGCUUUUUUUCUUCUUUUCCUUUUCUUUUUUUUCUUUUUUUUUUUUUUCAGGGGGGGUGGUAACUUUUUUAACUGGUUAGAAACAGAAGUGCUGAGGUGCCAACAGGCUGACUCCUGUUCUUACCUCUGCCCUCAGAUAUUCAGAGAUAUUCCAAAGAAUGCUUAUCAAUAUGGUGAUAGGCAUAUAUAUAUACACACACACACACAUAUAUAUAAAACAAACCUUUACUGCAUUGCCUGAUGUCAGUACUGAUGUUGGGGAGUCAGUUGUGCUGACAAAUCUCUCAUCUCAGUCAUGCUGAGAUGCCUCAGGCCUGGGUAUUUGCAAAUCCUUAGGGGGCACCAUUAUUCCAAUGCUGGCCCCAGAUGCAUAAGUUGUUUUUCACUGUCCUCUGUAAGAUGGAUCUGCCCUCACUUCUUUACUUCUGUUCUGAAGAUUCCCUGCCCCUGCACAGUGGGAGUCACCCCUCCAGCACAGCCACUGUGCCACUGUCACUCCCCUGCCUCAAUUAAACACUCGGCUCUGGUUAAGGUGACACCAGUCUGGGUCAGUGUUCUGUGGGGAGGGAGGGGAAAGGAGAAUCCUGCAGGUUUGCUGUGCUUCCAGGUCACUCUCUAGUUGGCCUGACUUCCUCUCUCCCUUAUUUUUAGGGAUGACAAAUUAUCAAAAUUAAACCCUGAGGAGUGAUCCCAUUGCAUGUUCUGUAUUGUAGUGCAGCUGCCCUGUAGCUCCUCCAGCUUCUGUCACCCUUUGUGCUGCAGACUCAGUUCCUGCUGUCCAGGCUGUUCUCCAGUCCAGAUGCUGCCUCUGGCAGUGUUUUCCAGGUGCUCCUCCAGCUGCCCAUCCCCCUGCUGCUGUCACUCCUGGCCCCACUGAGCUGCACUCUCUUUGCCCCUGCAGAAAUGGGGAUGGCUCUGAGGGCUGACCCACUGAGCUCCAGCUGAGUAGGCUGGGGAAGGGCACUGGGUGGCAUCAGGAAAAGACAAAAAUGCUCUUUCUGAGAGGCUUUUUGCCUUGGCAAGAGACAACUGGAAGAGGCAGACUUCAGCAAGGGUUGGGGUUGAGCUUUGCCAGAAUAGUGACCCUACAAACAGUGUAGGAGGUCCAGCCACUGCGUGCCCACAGGAUUUGUGUGAGGGUUUUAUCAGUACUCUGCUCCUUUCUGCUGUUUCUGAUGAGACUUAGCACUUCUUUCCCAGUGUCUCUCUCUACCACCAGUAUUGGUACAGUUUCUUCAUGGUCUCAAGGGUUUGUAAAGCACUGCAGAGCUGAGUCUAGAUCUCUGUAUUCUUGUGUUGAGAAGAUAACACCUAUUUUUCUCUCAA